AACGCGUCGCUGACCAAUAACGGGAGGAGGCUGACUGUCCAGUUCUCGGAGUCGAGGCCCUUUCCACCUAUGCUGUCGUUUACCAGGCGGCUCUUUCCUGCUGCCCGCCACUUGCGGUCGUUGACGACGGCGACUACGCCUCCUACGGAUCUGUCAGAGGGAGAGCAGAAUAUCUACUCCAAGUUGUCGCAGAAAUUUUCGCCGUCACAGUUGCAAGUGCAAGAUGUAUCGGGCGGUUGCGGGACGUUUUAUGCCAUUACUAUCGCCUCUCAGUCUUUCAAAGGAUUGCCUAUCGUGAAACAGCAUAAACUCGUGACGGAGACGCUGAAGCAGGAAAUAGAGGGCAUCCAUGGUCUGCAGAUUAAAACGAUUCCCGUGGCUUCCUGAAUUACUGUGUAUGUACGACGACUCCAAGCUCAAUUGCAAGAUACUGGAUCGUACUAUGCGGCGGACGCAUCCAAUGUUACCAAUCCCUCGCCAGUCUCCGUUGCUCUCUAUUUCAAUCUAUAAAGUCGCACUAGCGUAACGGAGUCCCUGUUAUAGAUUUCUCUGUCUGGAUCAUCCAUAACCUGGAAUCCAACAAAACUUAGAUCAAAGCAGACAAGUUACAAGAAACUAUCACCUGUUCCCAUGUGAACUUUUUCUUCAACAUCGCGAAGAAUCGUUUAUCAGCCUUGCGUCGUUUCUUGUAACAAAACAGUAUUUCUGGUUUCUUCUCGUAAAUAUCGCAUAGUGUUUGGACCAGGAGUGGGAACACUGGCUCAAAAUAUACACAGUCGGCUGCAAGAACCACGUCCGGUGCAGGUAUAUCGGCUGGUAUCGGAUCCCCCC